ACCGAAACCUAAAGCUAAGGAAACGAGUUUCGCUUUUGUUUGUGGUGCAUUCUUAGAAAACGAGGCCAGUUGGAAGCGUAACUUCGUGCGUGUAAGACGCUCAAUCGGAUAGCUCAUGCAGUGGGAAUACAGGUUCUUCACAUGACCCUUCCGGGGGCACUAUUGCUGUUGUGGGCCCUGUUACCUUUUGGGGCCCCAGAAUGUGUAUUCCUGAGGGAUGACCAAACGAUUCGGUGCUGGAAUUCCACCCUUCCGGAGCUAACCGAAUCUCUGCAUGUGUUGACAGCUGUGGUACGCAAUAGGCCCAGGGCUCUGGAAGCAGAGUGGUGCAAUGGAACGGAGACAGAUGGUCAUUUGCCUCUUCUGCCCUUCGAUGGGAGUGCAGUGGAAAGAAUCCGUCUCCGGAGAUGUGGCCUACGGACAGCGGAGGAAAAGGCAUUCGAAAGUGUGGCUUUAAGUCUCAAAGAGCUCGAUUUCUCACAUAAUCAGUUAGAGUUCGUUCCAGAAGCGAUAAGGCUGCUAGUAGUAUUGGAGCAUUUGGAUCUUAGCCACAAUCUAAUAGCUCAAAUACCACCGGGUGGGCCUCUCUCCGCUCUGAACAAGUUAAAGGAGCUUGAGCUAGGACAUAAUCGAAUAGGAAAUAACGAAGAAGAAGACACCUUACCCAAAGAAGGUAUCAAUUCGGGGCUUCUUUUUCUGGGAUUGAGGGCAAAUGGUUUGAAAUCUAUUCCAACACAUUUGCAGGCUAUGGAACUGCUGGCCCUGGAUCUUUCCGAAAACGACAUAGAACAGGUGGGGAAGUUGCCCCGGAAUCUGCAAAGUCUCGAUUUGCACGCCAAUAGACUAAGGGGAGUCCCUUUCGAUGCUCUCUCGGACUCUAUCCAAAGUCUAGAUCUCACAGAAAACCCACUGCACUGUGACUGCGCCUUGAGAUGGAUGCACGAAUGGGCAAAUGAGAACGAAAUUCAAAUUGGUCCUUGCUACACACCUCCGCAUCUGGAAGGACGUACCUUGGAUGAAGUUCCUUGGGAUACGGAAUGCCCCGAUCAUAACGCUACAUUCCGUUACAUGGCUAGAGGUCAUGGUGAUGCAUCUGAUGUCGUGUACCUGUCAAACACAGAAACUAGCAUCACUGUUGCAUGGCGUACUCGAGAUACACGCAGCGGCAGAUGGACGGUAGUGUAUCGACGAGAGGAAGAUAGCCCUUAUCAAAUGACUCUAGCACCAGAAGGCCGCCAAACAGCAGCUGACCUCACAACACAAAUUCUUCAGGGAUUGCAGCCAGGUACUCGUUAUGUAAUAUGCCUCGCGCAGGUGUCUCAGGCUCGUUACACAGUAGAAGUUGGCAAGUGCGCCCACGCUACGACACAGAGCCGCCCCAUUGCUUGGACAGAGCUUGAAACAGUUGCAGCAUCUGCAGCAGCCGUUUCUGUCAGUUGGAUACUAAGGUCGUCAGAUCUAACCGACGACGUAUCCUAUCGACACGAAUGGACUGUACGUCUACGCAGAGUAGGCUCAGAAUCCUUUACAGAUGUGCCUGUUUAUGAUAUCACGACUGGAUCAGAAACAGAUGGACAGCGCUACGAGUAUGCUCUAGGAGAUUUGGCACCACGCACACGUUAUGAAGUAUGUCUAGUCGAUGUGGAGCAUAGAUCGUUGGAAGGAAAUCCUCUAACACCUCCUUCCAACUCAUCAUCUUGUGCCACAGUGCAAACAUCCGGCCACCAUGUCUUGCAAGGAGCAGAGAUCGCAGCUGUUGCUUUCGCCUGCAUUCUGUGCAUUAUUGUAUGCGCCAUCACCAUAAUUUUGUGUUACCAAAAGAAGCUUCUGCGGUGCCAGCAUAGGACUCAAUCGAUGUCCAAAACUCCCCCACCUGUGGAGCCGGAAACUCCACCCUUCCGUAGUAAGGAAAGAGAUUGCUUUGCAGGUUCCUGGAAUGCUCUUAGUCGCUCAUAUGCGGAAUUCAAUGCAGUUCCACGUCCCCAGUUUAGCAGCUUCAGAACUCUGGGAUACAGAGAUGCUUUAACUACUGUGACGAUAUAUAGCUCCGGAUACUCAGAAUGUUAAAGCAGAAAACCUUCAGAUAUUAGUAGCUAUCGUAUGAGUAGUUAAGAGUUUCCUGUAUGAAUCUAAAAUCAUUGUGUCUCACAAGCAUAUGAUUGCAUUACUGCAUGCUGAAUAACAGGGCUGGAAGAUGAUCGGGAAAUUGAAGUGCAUGAAAUGGCCAUACAUCUCUCGGGCUACUAGAUAUCAAAAAUAAAAGCAAAACAUUUGCUAUCGAUCUCGAUUUGUCCUUAUCAUUUGUACAGACAAGAAUCCAAAGUCAGUGUUUAUUCUGGCAGCCAAUAUUUAUGUGUGAAAUUACAAUGAUCAGUAGUAUAUUUCGAAUUUAUAAAAAAGCAUUCCAAUCAAGAAAAGGCAGAUAAUACCUUUUCUGUGCAGUGAGAAUUUCCAGCUGACUAGAUGAGUAUUAAUAGGCAGUCACAGCCAAAAGUACUUAAAGAUUUAUAGAUUUUAAUAAAAUUAUACUUUAUUAUAUUUAUAAUGAUGUUUCAUUAAUUAUAAAUAUAAUAAUUGAUAUAUUUGAUUAAAAAAAAUUUAAAAAAAUUGCAAAAUUUGUAUUGCAACCAGUAAUAAACAUUUGUUUAUCAAAAUAAGAUUAAAAAAUACACAUUUCAAGUAUUUUAUUAUCAAGCCAAAUGGUUCUCAAUUAAUACUUAAAUGAGGAAAGAGAAACCAUUAUAAUCCCAUUAAGUUAUGACAGCUAAUUACUUCCUCCAUUCCAACUUAAUUAUAGGAAAUUUGGAAACCUCAAUAAAUCAUAGCUUGUCCAGAUAGCAAUAAAGUAUUCUGAAGAAAUAAAGUUAUAUUUAUGCAAGAUGCUAAUAUAGCUACAUGGUAAUUUGAGUAGUAGCCACUUUGUUUUAUGAUCUUUUACCAAAAGGGAGCUCAAUUAUCUUAAAAAGAAUUCUAAGAAAGAUGCGGUAGUAUGGCAUUAAACAAAAUGAGUCCAACAAUGUUUCUUGGGGAGAGGAAAUUUACAUUUUUCAGAUCUGAUCACUUUUUUUAUUAGUUUUUUAUUUGCUAUAUAAGAUUGACACCUCAUAUUUUGAUUUAUAAGUUUAGCUUUAAAAAAAAUAGUAACUGAAUUGAAGAAAUGCAACAUAUGAGCCUAAUAGAAUUCUUGAAUAAUAAGAAAUGAAUUUUCUUGAAACAUUUAUGACUAGUCAAUCACUUAAUCUUAUGAACUUAAUUGAAAAGAAAUAAAAUCAUUUGUGACUGUAAU